AUGGCCAACAUAGUGCAUUUGCUCCUGACGUGUGUGGUGCCCGUCGUCCCACAAGGAUACGGUUCCGGAGGACAUGGCGGGCUGGGAGUCGAUCUCGGCGGUACAGGAGGCCACGGCGGCAGCGAUGUUGGAGGCGGAAGUGUUCUCCCAGGCGUCUUGGUUGGCAGCGGUGAGCUUCCUGAAAGUGCCAUUGGCGGUGUAGGUGGUAGUGCUUCUGCUGGCGCUGCUGGAGGAGUCAUUGGAGAAUGCGACACACCAACUGCUAGUGCUGCGGGCAUCUUCGACGCUGGAGUCGCUGGAAACGCCAUUGAUGUUGGUAUUAGCGAGGAAUAUACUACCCCUGAAGUUUCUCCUGCCAGUCCCCCUGACAGCGAAUAUGCUGCUCCUCACUGA